AUGGGCUGGGCUGCGCUUGUCAAGCUGCAACUCCUUUCAAGCUCCACCCAUUUGUCAACAAUAUGCUCUCUUUUGUUGCCCUCUUGCGCGGCAAACUACACUACCUUCAACCUCCUUAAAACCCCAGGGUUCCUCUUCUCCAACUCGUCAGACAUUCUUCCUCAAAACUACAUACCACCGGUCGAAAUGGCUUUCUAUGAAGUAGAUACGCAAUGGCACGACGGGGAGAAGGAGAUGCGAAGGCUACUUCAUGUACCAGAUCAUGACAACCCUACAAGCCCAAUGCUUACAACAUACGCCGCUAGCACCUUGCAAAGAUCACCACUGCUUGCACUUGGAACUCUAGAUUCAAAGGGAAUGCCAUGGACGACUCUUUGGGGUGGGGAGCCCGGAUUCUCUAGGGCUAUAGCACAACAGAUCAUCGGCAUACGGGCCACCAUCGACAGGUUGAAUGAUCCGGUUGCAGAGAUAUUGUUCGAUGGGAAGUCCGAUGGAGAGGUCGUCCAGGCUGAGGGAAACGGCAAAAUGGUUUCAGGUCUUGGAAUCAACUUGGAAACCCGUAGUAGAGUCAAGCUUUUUGGGAGAAUGGUUGCGGGUUCCUUGCAGUCCACUGAAGAGGGGAUUGGGGACGUUCAGCUAGUUGUCAAGAUUGAGCAAUCACUCGCAAAUUGCCCCAAGUAUCUAAACAUUAAGAGCCUGGUCAGAAGCUUACCACACCCGAGACUUGUCUCAUCCGAGCUGCCCUUAUCAAAAGAAGCUUUGGACACCAUUGCGGAGGCAGAUUUGUUUUUCAUAUCCUCCUCAAACCAUGCAUCGGAUAUGGACACUAAUCACCGAGGUGGACCGAUUGGGUUUGUCAGGGUCUUAGAGAACGACAGCAAGGGAGUCAGCAUUGUGUAUCCAGAGUAUAGCGGUAAUCGACUAUACCAAACCCUUGGGAAUCUGAAGACAACGCCUCAAGCCGGUCUGGCCUUUCCAAACUUCGAAACCGGGGAUAUUUUGUAUGUAACGGGAGAAACCGAGAUCUUGACUGGAAAGGCAGCUUCUAGCUUGAUAGCGCAUACCAACCUGGCGGUCAAGAUAACGAUCAAGGCCGCAAGGUACGUCUCGGAUGGUCUAGCUUUCCGUGGCAGUCCAGGAGAAUACUCACCCUACAAUCCUCCUGUAAGGUACUUGACAACAGAAAAGCAACAAACGGUCAAUGGUAGUGAAGACCAGAUCAUGGUAAAAUUGAUCGACAAGCAAAUCAUUACACCGACCAUUGCGCGCUUUCGCUUUCAUAUUCCCGACCCCAAGAAAGCUGGUCAAUGGAAGCCCGGGCAACAUGUCGCAUUAAGUUUCGAGGACGAAUUAGAUGUGGGAUAUAGCCAUAUGCGAGACGACGAUCCGCAGAGUAUCAACGAUGACUUUAUGCGAACUUUUACUAUUUCAUCAUCAAAACCAGAAACAUCUUCCAGUUUCGAUCAGUUUGACAUUACUAUUCGAAAAGUUGGGGUCGUUACGGAUUUUCUGUUUAAAUCUAAUGUUCGUGCCGGACUAGAUGUACGUCUUCGGGGAUUCGGUGGCGAGUUCUAUAUUCAACAACAAGAAGCAAAGGAGAUCAGCUUCGUCGGCGCUGGGGUCGGCAUAACACCACUCCUGGCACAAGCCUCAAAUCUUGAUUUGACCCAUCUCAACCUAUACUGGACAGUGAGAAGUAGUGAUUUAGCUUUAGUCAAUCACGUAUUUUACAAGGUCCCCGGAUUGGCUCAGCAGACAAAAUUAUACAUUACCGGCCAAAUCAAUGAAGACUCCACAGAGCUAAAGAAAAUACCCUUCACGGUGCACAUAAAGAAGCGCAGAAUUACGAAAGAGGAUCUUUCGAAAGACGAUGCGGCCAAGUGGUAUCUUUGUACCGGGAUAGGCUUUCGCAACUCCUUGACGACCUGGCUUGAAGGAAAAUCGGUUUCAUAUGAGGAUUUCAACUACUAA